AUGUCCUCGUCCAUUCCUCCCACUACCCGGGCCGUUGUUGUCCGUGGGAAGGGCGACAUCGCCCUGGAUCCCGCCGUGCCAACGCCCAAGUUGCGGGAUGACUACGUCCUUGUCCGCACGACCGCUGUGGCGCUGAAUCCCACGGACUGGAAGACGGCCGACCUUUUGAUGGGCGGUGACCCGACCGGCACGCGUGUGGGUUGUGACUAUGCUGGCGUCGUUGUUGCGAUUGGCGCCAACGUGACGAAGCCGUUCAAGAUCGGCGACCGCAUUGCCGGCGCUGCCCACGGAUCAAACCAGGUGCAGAAGGAAGACGGUGCCUUUGCCGGCUACAUUGCCGUCAAGCCAGACCUGGCUAUUAAGAUCCCUGAUUUCUUGUCUGACGAGGAUGCUGCCAGCUUGCCAGUCGCAGUGACUACUGUGGGCCAGGGCUUGUACCAGGGCCUCAAGCUGGCCUCGCCUGAGAAGCCGCUGACGACGCCCGAGAACAUUCUCAUCUACGGCGGUGCCGCGGUCACGGGCAUCCUGGGCAUCCAGUACGCGAAGCUGUCGGGCUACCGCGUCCUGACCGCAGCGUCGGCCAAGAACGCCGAAUAUCUCAAGUCACUGGGCGCGGACGUGGUCGUUGACUACCACGACACGGACGCUGCGCUGGCCGAGAUCAAGAAGGCCCUCAACGGUGGCGCGCUGCGCUACUCCUGGGACUGCAUCUCGUACCCUGAGACUGGGGCGUUCUGCGCCAAGGCGAUGGCACUCACGCCGCAGUCGCUGGCCAGCGGCCCAGACAGCCUGCAGUACUACCAGUUGCUUGCCAACCCGAUCGAGAAGCUGCAGGAGAUUGACUCGCGUAUCGGCGGUGGCAUGUCGCUGUACUACACGGCGUUCGGCGAGGCGUUUGAGAAGUGGAUGCCGUUCGAGGCCAACCCGACGAACUUCCAGUUUGCCCGGCAGUUCUGGGAGUCGACGCAAAAGCUGAUCGACGGGGGCAAGAUCAAGCCGCCUCGGGUGUACGUUAACCAGGGCGGCGCGGACUUUGAGGGCGUGCUGAACGGCCUCAAGGACCUCAAGGCUGACAAGGUUAGCGGCGGCAAGCUGGUGUACACCAUUAAGCAGUAA